UCCAGACAAUUCUUUGUCACUUCACUCCAUCUUCUCCUCUCUUUCUCUCUAGCGAUUAUACUCUGAAGUUUCUCAAACUCUCUGAUAUAAAAUCGACCACGAAGACACAAGACAGAAAGAUUCCUCUGAUUAUGUCUCUCGAAGCAAUGAAUUCUCCGACAACUACGUCCUCGUUUAGAGUCCGGAAAGAUAGGAUCGAAGCAACAGAUGAUCUGAUGAAGGACGCCGUCUUCAUGGAGCCUUGGCUGAAACGCAAACGCUCGAAACGCCAGCGUUCUCCCAGCCCUUCCUCGCCGCCUCGAUCUCACGCUAAAUCUCAAAGUAGUCAAGAUCUUAAGGAGGAAGAGUACCUCGCUCUGUGUCUCCUCAUGCUCUCCAAAGACCAGCCGCAGACGCGAUUCCAACCGUCACAGCCGCCUCAAGAGACGACGAAGCUUUCGUAUAAUUGCAGCGUUUGUGGGAAAGCGUUUCCUUCCUAUCAGGCUUUAGGCGGUCACAAAGCCAGCCACCGCAUCAAGCCUCCAACCGCCGGUGAUUCCAAAGCUCCAAGCAUCGCCGUCACCGGAGAAAAGCAUCCGACUUCCACAACCAUCGCUCCUUCCGGGAAGAUCCACGAGUGUUCUAUCUGCCAUAAAGUGUUUCCGACAGGUCAAGCUCUAGGCGGUCACAAACGCUGUCACUACGAAGGGAACCUCGGCGGCGGAGGUGGUGGAAGCAAGUCGGUUAGCCACAGUGGAAGCGUGUCAAGUACUGUUUCAGAAGAACGAAGCAACCGUGUGAUCAUAGAUCUGAAUCUCCCGGCGUUACCGGAGCUCAGCCUUCAUCACGACCCAGUCGUCGACGAAGAGAUUCUAAGUCCGUUGACCGGUAAAAAACCGCUUUUGUUGACCGGUCAUGACCAAGUCAUCUACAAAGAAAAUUUAUCUCAAUCUAAGAAUUAGUCUAUUAUUAUUGUGUAAUUAGUUUAGUUUUUAUUAAUUACCAUCUUUUUCUUAUUUAUUAUUAGUUACAAUUUUUUUUCUUAUUUAUGGGAACGGAUACAUAUUCAUCUAUGUUUAUACUUUAGUGAUUGAUACAAAUUAAUUGAUGGAUUUUAUU